UAUACGUCAAAAAAAAGCGAAUAUGCCUGUGUGGAAUUGAUGAUGCAGAAGACACUUGCGAUCACGAGACACCAGAAAUAAACCGUCUGAUAUAGUGGGUAUAGUAAUGGCAAAGCGUCUUGUGACUAUCAUUUUGCUGGGUCUCCUUGCUCAUGAAGAUUUAGCAAUUAUCCCAAGGUUUUUCCGAGGUCGACCAAGAGGUCGGGAGGGAAUGCUUGGAUCACCCUUGGUAAGCCAUAAGGUGAAUCUACCACCAGAACAGUGGUUUACCCAACGUUUAACACAUUAUAAUGAUGCAAACAAAGCAACCUGGCAGCAAAGAUAUUGGUACAAUUCAACAUAUUGGAAACCAGGUGGACCUGUCUUCAUCAUGAUUGGUGGAGAAGGCGAGGCUAACCCAAUAUGGAUGGUUGAGGGUACUUGGAUCAAGUAUGCCCAGGAGUUAGGGGCAUUUACCUUCAUGCUUGAACAUAGGUUUUAUGGUCAGAGUCAUCCAACAAAAGAUACCAGUGUGGAAAAUUUACAGUUUCUUAAUAGUGAACAAGCACUGGCAGAUUUAGCGGCAUUUGUUCAAGAAAUGAACAUCAAGUUUAAGUUGACUGGCAGUAAAUGGAUUUGCUUUGGUGGAUCAUAUCCAGGGUCUUUAUCUGCCUGGUUUCGAUUGAAGUUUCCGCAUCUUGUCACCGGUGCUGUUGCAACAAGUGCACCCGUGUUCGCUGAACUGAACUUCAAAGGCUAUUUAGAUGUUGUCACAGCAUCCUUACAAACAACAAGUUACGGCAAAACAUGUACAGACAGUAUUUCAAGUGCCACGGAAAAGAUCCAGUCGAUGUUAACAAAUGACGAAGGCCGGCAACAACUUUCUAAAAUCUUCAGGCUUUGUGAUCCGUUAAGUGAUAGUGAUGAUGAUAUAUCCAAUUUUGCCCAGAGUAUAGCAGGGAAUUUUAUGGGCGUCGUACAAUACAAUAAAGAUAACAGAAAGUUUGAGGGGGCCGUAGGCACGAGUAUCACAAUCGAUGUGUUAUGUAAAAUCAUGAGCAACCAGAGUGUAGAUGAAGUAACUAGAUAUGCGAAAGUGAACAGUUUAUUGCUGGAUACCUAUGGAGAGAAAUGUCUUGAUGUCAACUUUAGCGAUAUGAUUAAAGAUAUGAAGGAAACGUCAUGGAGCAGUUCUGCGAGUGAAGGAGGUAGGCAAUGGACGUAUCAGACCUGUACGGAAUUUGGGUUUUAUCAGACAAGUGAUUCUACGAAACAACCAUUUGGAAAUCUUUUUCCAUUGAAGUUCUCCAUCAAACAGUGCAUGGACAUUUUUGGUCCUUCAUUUAAUGAGACAGAGAUUAUGUCUGGCAUUACAAGAACAAAUACAAAUUAUGGCGGAAUGAAAAUCGCUGGUUCAAAGAUUGUUUUCCCAAACGGUUCCAUUGAUCCUUGGCAUGCUCUUGGUAUUACAAGUGACGUUACAUCGGAAGAGCAGGCUAUUUUUAUCGAAGGUACUGCCCAUUGCGCGAACAUGUAUCCCGAGUUGUCAACAGAUCUUCCCCAGCUGAUUCAAGCGAGAAUGAAAAUCAAAGGUCAUCUGACGAGCUGGCUCAAAUCAUCCAAUCGUGCAUAAAGAAAUCUGACUGACAAAUAAAGUACAGUGGCAAAUACAAUUGUUAAGUAAAUGCGACAAAUUAGUUGAAUGAACAAAGAGCACUGAAUAUCAAAACAACGAUUUAUAUACAGGGACUCUGCGCCUCAGUGUGGUGGCUUGAAAAAGAUAUUAAUGUAGUUCAAGGAAAAUAAUUUCAAUUUUCAUCAAAACAAUCAAGUCAUGGUACAAGGACAAUUUAUUUUCAUAGUUUGAUAAAUUAAAAUUAUAUUGAUGUUGGAUUGCGCAACCACUGAUCUGCUAUAAAAUAAUACUGAUUUUA